AUGUCGUCAGUCGUUGAUGCCACCGAUGAAAAGGAUAAUACUGGUGUGAAUGCAAAUUUGGAAUUUUUCGAUAGUGGUCCAAAGGACGCGGACGAAGAUAAACUUUAUGAUCCAUCACGUUCAAUAACCCAACGCAUCGAAAUUGCAGUUCAAAAAUACAGAAAGAACCGUAAAUUCAGUUCGACUCGCAACCAAGUAUUUAGUUCUUAUCUUCGGUUUGGUGGUAUCAAUACUGGCCAGAAAUCAUUCUUAGGUCAAGACGGGCUUAACUGCGAGGAUGCAGAUGCAGAUGAAAUAGCUGCGCGACGCGCCACAGAUUAUAUUGAGGAAAAUGACGAUGAGCUGGAAGUGGAUUUUACAUACACAGUUCGUGUCUACUUGUCAAGCUAUUUGAUCGAUAAAUCUGGUUAUGUGCAAAUGGAUCAAUUUCGUGAAGCACCCCUUGUUGUCACAUCAUUCUUAAAUUAUCUGAUUAAGCAUGAAGUAUGUCAUGAGUACCUUUCUGAUAUGCAAGAAGCAUUGAAGAUUGCAGAACGUGCAAAAGACGAACUUCCGAAUUGCAAAUUAUUUGCACAGCUUGCACCGGGAAAAUUUAAUAAGGCGUGUUCUUUGAUAUUCGGUGGGGAGUUAUCUGGAAUAUUUGAAAAUUCGUGGUUUGGAGAAGAAAGUAUAGCAAAAAUGAUUGGUAUUUCACAAAAUAAUGCAGAUUUGACUGUUAAAAAGGUUUUUGGUCAGAAUAUUCUAAGUGAAUUGAAGCAAGUGCCAGAAGCUUCAAAAAAGGCGUUAUUUGUUGAAGUUAUCGAUAUAGAAUCAAUUCCAGACCAAGUACCAAAUAAAACUAUCAAUGAAGAAACGUCGACCAUGGAAGAUAUAACUGCGGACAGUACUAAUGAUAAGGCCACAAACGUUACCGUAGAUACUAAUGCUACGGAAUGCAAUAUGAAUGAACAGACUUCAUUGAAUGAUGAAUACCUUCAAAAGAUGACCGUCCGCGUGUAUCAAGUGUCUGAUGCAGAAGCAAUCACUGUUUAUCUUGAACCUAGUAUUGCACGAUGUGCUACGCUUGGAAUGCUUAUCACCGCAGAUUUUCACCAAUUGACAAAUGGUUGGUGGUAUUUUGAUCGAGUUACAAAUGUAUAUCCUUCUUAUUACCUCAUUGGUGAAGAGUCGUCUGAUGAAGAUGAAUAG